ACGGUCACCUUGACUCUGUGAAAUGUAUUACAAAUGUUAUACCUUAAACAUUACACAACACGCUAAUAUAUACGCCAAUGCGAGUGAAAACACUGGAGACCGGAAAUUGAAAACAGUCGAAUCGUGGAACACUUCCGCGUUCAGGAAAUCGAGUUUGAAUGAGGAAGAUUUUAACAUGUUUACGCCGCAUAUGCGAACUCAGAUCUCGGCACGCUGAUUGGCUGCAGGAUUACACCUUGUGCUGUGAUUGGCUGCAGGAUUACCCCCGAGUGCUGUGAUUGGCUGAGAGAACAGGCUGAAAUUGCUACUUUGCGGAAGCGGAACAGAUCCGCCGCUGGACGGAGGGUUUAAACUAAUUGUCUUAUGAGUUCAGAGAAAAACAUACUGUUUAAAUACGUGUUCUGUGUUAUUACAGCAUGGAUGACCUGCAUCGGAUCUGUAUAUCACUGUUCGGAUGUAUCGCGGUGUUUAUCAGCGCUGGAAACACGUUCAGUCCUCAAGUCGACAGUGAGUUCACGUUUCUUCUGCCCGCAGCGAGAACAGAGUGUUUCUACCAAACAGCGAUUCACAAUGGCAGCAUUGAGAUCGAGUUUCAGGUGAUCGCUGGAGCUGGAAUGGAUGUGGAUUUCUCUAUCAUUUCUCCUCAUGGGAUCCAUCUCGUCUCAGAGUUUCGUCGCUCUGACGGGGUUCACACGGUGGAGCCCACAGAGGCAGGGGACUACCAGAUCUGCUUUGAUAACACCUUCAGCAGGUUCUCUGAGAAGAUGGUCUUCUUUGAGGUCAUCCUGGACAACCAGUCCAAUGACGUGGGGGCGGACGAUGAGUGGGCGGGGCUUGGAGAGCCUGAGAGCCUAUUAGAAUACAAGCUGGAUGACAUAAGAGAGACGAUGGACUCUGUGCACCGGCAUUUGGAGCGCAGUCGUCAGAUGCAGACAGUUUUGAGAGCGUUCGAGGCACGUGACAGAAACUUGCUGGAGGACAACCUGUGGCGGGUCUCCUUCUGGUCCUGUGUCAACCUGCUGGUCUUGUUGAGUGUUGCGCUCACGCAGGUUUACACCGUCCGACGCCUGUUUGACGACAAAUGGAGAGUCUGCUCUUAAAAAGCAUGUAAACAUCACACUGACCGUUCAGGUACAACACAGAGGCAAAACGAGGACGGUCAGAGACCACAGUGCCUUUAAUACUUUGGUUCUAGAACUGGUAAACAAUAGCAGUGAUGCUUAUGUCACUUGCUCUGAUUGGCUGGAUUCUGUUACAAGCACUUGCUCUCAUUGGACGAUCUUCUGUUGUGUGUAUGUCAGUGGGAGUUCACUCACACACCCUUAUAACACCUAAUAAGACUUGUGAGAACUUACUGUUAGAAUAAAAACAGGCAUAAUUGAGUAGUUCCCCCAAAAAUUUUAAUUCUGUCAUUAUUUAAUCUUAUUUUAUUUCAAAACUGUAUGCUGUUUUCUCUGUGGAAUACAAAAGACAUUUCUUUAAAAACAAUUGUUUCAUGGAUAAAAUGACAGAAAGCUUUGGAGUAACAUAAGGGUGAAUAAUAACAGAUGAUUCAGUUUUGGGUGAUCUUACCCUUAAAUCGGUUUGUUGGGAGUUUUUCCUGAAGAAUAAUAAUGUGACCAGAUUUUAUUCUUUUUUUUUGUGUCUUAAUUUUAGUCGUGCCAUUUAAUACAUACCAGAUAAUGUAAGGUGAUGCUGUUUUUAUUUGAUUGUUUUUUAAGGUUUGAAUGAGAUGAAUAUGAUGUAGAAAUGUACGAAGGGAAUUCUCUGUACAGCUGUUUGAGUUUUUUUUAAAAGACUUUUACACAAUAAAACUAAUAAAUGUAAUAAUUUACUUGUAUUUUUGUAGGCGUUGUAUUAAGUGAUAAUGAAACCAAACCCGUUGACCGUUUGCUUUUACCGUGUUCUUGGUCUUAUGGACCUUUUUAACGUUUCUUCUAUAAACCUCUGCAUUUCAGCUUUUCAAGAUAUUUAGAAACCUUUUGGGGAAGAAAAAUGGUGUUGCUCACUGAAAUGUUUUUGUCAUCAGUCAUAAAGCUUGAUUUGAAAUCUAAAUUCAGAUGCCACGUGAAUGUAUAGAUAAGUGAUUCAAACAUGGUGUAAGUUAGCGUGGAUCACAUCUUUACAUUGUACAUACAUACAACCUUGAAGAAUACAGUAAUAUAUAUAUAUAUAUAU